UAGGUAAGACAGCCCAGGGCUGUCAUAAACUGACAGUUGUGUCCGAAAUACUAUGUCUUAUCCGCAAUUGUAAUCUUCACGGAGCACCGUCUGUUUUGUUUCGGAUAUUUUUGUCACUUUCCGUUCUUUUCGGUAUUGAAUGUUGGUUUUUUUAUAUUCUUAUAAAAAAUAUACAUCAAAUGAAGGAUAAUGAGUUUAAAUUGGAUGUAUUAUUCGAAAAAAUUCGUGCUGUGUACUUUGGAACAUGGAUAUAAUGUGCAUAAAUCGUAUCGAAUGUGUGCCUUUAAAUGAUUUAGAUGCAUUUUGUCAUAAUAUAUAACCGUCCAGGUUCAAACAAAGGCCUGAUUGAUUGUUCGUGUAAAUUAAAAUACAAUAAUGGCGUUUUUUGUAUGAAAACGUCCUUAAACAAAUGUAUACGUAUAGGUAAUUGAUCUUUGUGCCAUUGAGAACUCAUUUGAAAUCAAGCGAGCUGAAUAACAUGACAAUUUACUUAAAUUUAAGUUGUUAAAUAAUCAACUACUGCGAAUAUGGUCUGCUUUUAUAAAUAUCGAAUGGUUUUUAUAUGGAUAUUUCUAUAAAUAUAUAUGUGAACAAUUAAUUAUUUAAGACAUAUUUAUUGAAAAUGUUGAUAAAUAUCGUUUGAUAAAGUUUUGGAUAAGAUGAAAUAAUCAAUGGCUGCACCGUCCUGGAUCAGGCGUUUGAGCGAGCCGGCCGACACGGGGGGUUUGAGUUAUCAGAUACCGCAGGCUUCCUUAUACUCGUCAACCUCAUCACUUGCUUCUCAGGCAAGUCUGUCGCGGUACUCGAACAUUUCUAUGGAGAAUUUAUCUCAAUCACGAAGAAGUAUUGACACUCCUAAAUGUAAAGGAAAUGAGCCCGAACUGUACGCCUCAAAGACUGUUGGUCGGCGCAAUAAUGGAAAUAGCCAAUCGCGUCUCGGUGUCACAAACAAGGGAUAUGUUUCCGGAUCUUCGACCUUGACCUCUAACCCCUACAGUACCGGAACUCUUGACCUCGAGUCAAGUAUAUCAUCAAGGUACACAUCGCCUCGUGUUUCUGGUGACACACUAAACAAAAACAUGUACCAGAAAAGACGAAACCGAAGUUUUGAUGAUACAAUUAGUGAGGUCACGGAACAUGGUCGUAGUAUGACAGGGCAGCAAAAGAAACGAGAAGAUUCGUGGUCGUAUGUCGACUCCGAAGGAUACGCACGACUUCCGCCGUCGAUUCACACCAGCGUGUCUUGUGGAGAUUUUGAAGACAGUUCAGUUUCCAGCAGCUACUACAAUCAAAGAGGCCGGAAGGGCAGCUCAGAACCACCGGGUACAUUAGAUCGAUCAGACGAAAAGAAACGCCGGAAACGCCGGGAUAAAUCCCAUGAAGAUACUCGUACCUCUUCCGGAUAUAAUUCGUAUAGUGAGUUAUCCGAAUUUGGCAACGCUUCUAAGUGUAGUGAUGAAAAACAAGGAAAACAUAGAGGUAGGGAUUCCUCAAGUGACAAUGAAAAGAACGAUAGAUAUUCCAAAUAUCCAAGAAAAACAUCAAGGGUGAUAGAAGAUAAAAUUCUAGAAGUAACACACAAACGUUCUGAUUCAAAACUGAGUGUUGCGGAAAGUGAUUUGUCCGGAUCUAGCAAAGGCAAAAAACGUUCUACGGACAAAAGUAGUACGGCAAAUGCUGAACAAAAGACACACAAAGUGCCAACGAUCGGAAAUGUAUCAGUGACAGUGACAAAUAACAUACAAUACGAUCCGAAUGAUCCUUUUUCUUUUAUCCAACCUAUAGACUUACCAUUUCAUAAAAAGGUGCGGAAAUGUCUGGGACCGGUAAUGGCGGUUCUGUUAUUAAUUAUUUUAGCCGCUGCAAUUGGGGCUGCCAUCUAUUUUGCAUCUUCUUUAAAAGAGACGCAAGAAAAACAGAUAGAUAUGCUUAGAGCAAAUUUAGCAAUGAAAAUACGUAAUAUAGACCAUGUUGAAAACAUAGAAGAUUUGUCAUCGAAUGAUUUUGAAGAUUUGUCAUCAGAAUACUGUAAACAUAUGGAUCUUUUCUACUCAAAAAGUAAAUUUGGAAAGACUUACAGAGGCUGUGAGGUUCUUUCAAUAAAAAAUUCCUACAUCAAUUUUACAUUAUUCUUCAUGGAAGAAGAAGCGACGUCGUCUCAGAUUGUAGAAGUUAUAGAAACAUCUGCUACAACAGUGUCAAACAAAACCUCUCAACUUGCUGUUGUUGAUAAGUUUGCUUUAGAGUUGGAUACAGUACAAGUGAAGAUGGACCGAAAAUUAGAACCCGAGACUUUUAACAGAAGGACUGUCAACACACCGGCAACGACUGAGAGACCUGUUAAAACAACUCCAGAUGAUAACAAUAUAAGUGCAAAGAAGAAAUCAACGACCAAGACGAAACAAGUUCCAACAACAAAACCUACACCUAAACCUCCGCCAAAUAUACCAAUCAAUAAGAAGAAACCACCGUCUGAUAAACCUGUAUAUUCCUGGACCCCUUGUGAUAAAUAUGAAGGAACAUAUUUUCCACAUCCGACACAAUGCAAUAUGUUUAUACAGUGUACAAAUGAACAAACAAUCGAACAGAAAUGUACAGACGGACUACUGUAUCAUUGGAAACAACUUACAUGUGUCUCAAGAUUUACACGAGAUGUUAUAUGCCCUGACCCUAGCAAAGCUCCACCUAAACCAACGACCACCACCUCUACAAAAAGCACGAGAAUCACAAGUCCCAAUGUCACGCCUUCAGCUUCAACACCCCCAAGCACAAUACACUGGAUGGUAGACACUACUUCUGAGGUUCCCGUUACAACAAAAAGACUACUACCAGACGGUGUAAAGUUGACAGCUAUUGCGGGACAAUAUUCAGAGAGACCAAAAUACUCCGCCAAUCCCUGUGCGAAUAAAAUGGAUAUACAACUGUAUCCACACCCUAAAGACUGUUCCAUGUUUAUACAGUGCGUCAACGGUCAGGUGCGGCAUAUGCACUGCGCCAAAGAUCUCGUUUUUGAACCGAUCAAUAGCGCAUGCAUUUACCCGACGGAAAUAGAACUGUUGUGUCCAGACAUCAGGCCUUGUCAAGGGAAAGACGAUGGCUAUUUUCCUCAUCCGUAUGAUUGCUCAAAAUUUAUUCAGUGUCAAAAUAAAAAAGAGAAAGUGCUGGAAUGUCAGAAAGGUCUUCGAUGGAGUACAAAAGUGAACAGUUGUGUGCAUAAUAUCCCAGAAAUUGUAUGUCCAUUGGACCCAAAACCAUAAUGAAAAUGAUGUUAGGUAUAUUAUACAGUUAUUAACCAAUUAUUGUUUCGUUCGCCCCUGUUUCUAUUAUUAAGAUAUAUUAUAGAACUACAUAAAAACAUCAAGAUGUUAUCGAUUUAUAAUAUGCAAUUAUAAGACGCCUUCUUCUAUAAGACGCCCUCUUUUAUAAGACGGACAGCUUUAUAGGACGACCAAUGUUUUUUUAACGAAAUCAACGUCAUUUACGUUAUCAAAAGUCGAGAAAGAUACAAAGUUUUAAAUACCAAUUACAGUUAUACAGUUAUGUUGUAAUAGCUGCACAGAGGAACUGCACACAUGAGUUUAGUUUUUUUACAUAUUUGAAAAUUAAAAAAAGAACGCUUAUUUAUGACUAUAUUAGGAGAACAAAAAUAAUUACAGAUGUCUUUAAAAUUAAAAACGCUUGGCGCAACUGUAUAUCGAUAUCUACACGGUAAAUUUAUUACCUGCGUAUUGAAGACAUACUGCUAUGACUGACUUUAUAAUUCCAAGAUCAAUGACUGAAGUGCAAGAAAUUUUUGGAAGAGCAUCACGUUUUGCUUAAGUGUGUAUGUUUUAAUGUACCAACAAUUUAAAAAAGAUUACCCCGCCACAUAUUUAUGUUGCGUUGGACUCAUUUUGUAUAUGUGUAUAUGUAUGCAACGAAGACAUAUGUAAAUGCAGUUCAUACUUUAUGCAUUAUUAAAUUGUUAUUCAAUAAUGUUGAACAUUAAAGAACACUGACAUAAAGAAUUGUACUUUUUACUGUAUCAUUAUGAUAGUGCACAAUUAAAACAAUAAAGAUAACGUAAAAGUUAUGUGGGUGCUUAUGUGCUUACUCAAACACAGUUAUAUGAUAACAAACAGCAGUGUCAAAAAAUAAAAUGAAAUGAAUUUAUUUAAAAAAAAAAAAAACCUCGCCAUUUUCUUAAUUUUCUAGCGUACAUUCUGUUAUAAAUGGUAAAACAGAUAGCUCAAGUCCUAACCGCUGUUUCCAACAUAAAUGUAGACAAAAACUAAUACACUGAUUGCAACGAAAAUUACAUUGCACGUGUAUUUUGAUAUAACAUACUUCAAUGCAAAAUAUAAACACAAUCGUUAAUAUCCUUCAAAAGUAUUCAGCGGAAAUAAAUAAAUUCAUAGAAAACUUGGUUAAAAAGGGUUCUGCCUUUUCAAUAAAAAAUCGAUAGCAGUAAAAAUUAAACUUGGCCUGUGAUUUUAUUUUACAUACUUACAUGCCAAAUAUGAACACAAUUUUUUAAAUCCUCCAAAAGUUAUCUUUCGGAAGGCAAUAAUUACACAGAAAGGUUCGCUAAAAGGGGCAUUACUCUUUCAAUUAAAAGUUGAUUGCAACUACGAUUGCAACUCGUAUUAUUAAACUUGUCCUGUGUUUUGAUAUGUCAUACACAUAUGCAAAAUAUCAUUGAAAUCCUUAAAAAAUUAUCCUGCGGAAAGCAAUUAUUUCACAGAAAAAUUCAUAUAAAAGGGUCAUAACUCUAUCAAUAAUUAGUUAAUUACGGCAAAAAAAUCGAACUACACCUGUGUUUUGACAUAAUAUAAUUACAAUGAUGCCAAAUAUAAACACAUUUAAUGAAACCCUUCAAAAGUUAACCUGCGAAACCAAUUGUAUACGGACUAACGGUCAGGCGAACGGGCAAAGCCAUACCAUAAUAAGUCUUGUAGUUUCUUCGGGCACUUUGAAAGGGAACACUUUAUUCUUUUGUUUUACUAAUUUAGUUGUGCUGAGGGCAUAAGAGAUGAUGCACUUGACAUUAUAUGGUAUCAACAAAAAAUCGAGUUCUUAAAUUUUUCAUGGCUCCCUUUCCGGAUGGUUGUUUUGUUUAGACUACAUAAAACAUGUAAAUUAGUUACAAUAUUCAUAAAAGGUUUAUUGUUUCACAAAUACGGAAAGAUAAAUAUACGGAUUAAAGAGAAAAUCAUGACACGUUUAAUUAACUGAUAUUAUUGAAAGAUAUUAUGCCAGAAUAAAACAUAGUUAAAUCAUGGUAAAUUGCAAACAAAUAUUCUUACAUAUAAAAAUUAAGUUUAAUACAGAACCAUUAUUCCUAAUGUUUAAAGUAGUCAUUUCUUAUUUAUGUUUAAACGUUAAUUUUGCCUCUAAACAGCUGUUAUAUGUAAUUAUGUUACACAGACUCUUAUUAUUUCAAUUGUCCAUUUGUAUAUAUUCACGUGCAUUUUACACUGUUGUUAAGGUGACCUAUAGGCCUAUAAGGCCGGGUGUUCUUUAUUUACAUUGUAUAAAUGUAAUUUUCAUGUACGAAAACACAUGUCACUAUAAUAAAAGAUUAUUAUUAUUAUUAUUAUUAUAAAAAUAAGCCACUUUAAUGGAUUCAUAUUUACUGAUAUUUCUACAAAAUUAAUCAUUAUGUAACUUCCUUAACAAUAUACAUCACAGUUGAAAACUGUACCUAAAUAUUUA